UGUUAGAGGAAACAGGCACUCACUGCCUGCCGGCUGCACAUCUGUUGAUCCGACCUGACUUGGAGCAUCCAGAGGAGGACGGCACUCAGCUCUGCUGGGCUGAGGACCCACCGGCUCCCCCCCGGAGGCACUGCCUGGCAGGGGGAUGGGGGUGCACGGGGAGCUGGACACCUGAGCAGAAUGCAACUGCUCCUUGUUUCCCACGGAGAAAAAGGUGGUAAACAAGAGCCAGCGGGGCAGGUUGAAAUCCCGAAGGCCAGGAGAGAAGUCCACUCAGAGGGGACUUCAGGGGGGACUCCGGUGGGGCAGCUUUCUGGGUGUAAGAAGAAGCUGUUCUUGCACACACAGUUGGGCAAAUGUCAGAUGGGGGAGGAAGAAGCAGGUUAAGCAACGGUACAAAGAACUGCCUCCGGGCGGCCCCAGGAAGCCAGGUUCUGCUGCAAGCUGGAGGGCACUUGGCCCGGGAGGAGAAGGCGCACCGAGCAUGACCUGUUGCACGGAGCAGGUUCCCAGAACAUGCUGCUGAGGAAGCGCUGCCCCUGCAGGCAGCAGCUGCUGCUGCUCUUCCCCAUGCUGGGAGGCCUACUGCUGCUGCUGGCGGCCAUGCGACACCCCAGCCCACGCCCCUUGCGCCAGCCCGCCACAGCCCAUGCCACCCAGCACCACCCCGAAGCCGGCGACAGCCUGGACUUCGGAGACUCCCAGGGGUGGGUGCUGGAGGCCGAGGAUGAGGGUCAGGAUGACGCCCCCCUGGACGGCCUGCCGCCCUUCAUCUCGCUGCAGGAGGACCAGCUGCUAGUGGUUGUGGCCUCCCCCAGGGCCAGGAGGAACCAGAGCCAGGCCAGGAGGCGAGGGCACUACCGUCUCAUCAAGCAGCCUGGCCGGAGGCAGGACGAGGAGGCCCCAGAGAGGGACUGGGGGGCUGAGGAGGAGGAAGCGGAGGAGGAGGAAGAAGAAGGAGAAGAAGAAGAGGAGGGAGUGAAUGCAGAAGACAAGCUGACCCCAAUCAGCCUGCAGGAGGCGCUCAGCGCCCGCAUCCCCCUGCAGAGGGCACUGCCAGAGAUGCGGCACCCGCUCUGUCUGCAGCAGCAGCCCAGGGACGGCCUGCCCACAGCCAGCAUCAUCCUCUGUUUCCACGACGAGGUCUGGUCUACUCUCCUGAGAACUGUGCACAGCGUCCUCGACACGGCGCCCCGGGCCCUCCUGAGGGAGAUCAUCCUUGUGGAUGACCUCAGCCAGCAAGGACAACUCAAGUCUGCACUCAGCGAGUACGUGGCCAGGCUGGAGGGAGUGAAAUUGGUCAGGAGCAACAAGAGGCUGGGGGCCACUGGGGCCCGGAUGCUGGGGGCCACCAGGGCCACCGGGGACGUGCUGGUCUUCAUGGACUCCCACUGCGAGUGUCACCCAGGCUGGCUGGAGCCCCUCCUCAGCAGGAUAGCUGGUGACAGGAGCCGGGUGGUGGCGCCGGUCAUAGAUGUGAUUGACUGGAAGACUUUCCAGUAUCACCCCUCCAAGGAGCUGCAGCGUGGGGUGUUGGACUGGAAACUGGAGUUCCACUGGGAGCCUUUGCCAGAGCAUGAAAGGAAGACCCUCCGGUCCCCCAUCAGCCCCAUCAGGAGCCCCAUGGUGCCCGGCAGGGUGGUGGCCAUAGACAGACAUUACUUCCACAACACUGGCGCCUAUGACCCAGUCCUGUCAGUGCAGGGGGGUGAGAACCUCGAGCUAUCUCUCAAGGCCUGGCUCUGUGGUGGUUCAGUUGAAAUCCUGCCCUGCUCCCGAGUGGGGCACCUCUCCGGAAGCCAGGACACCAAGUCCCCCCUGGAUCUGGAGGCUGCCCUGCAGAACAAGGUGCACAUGGCCGAGACCUGGCUGGGCUCCUUCAAAGAGACCUUCUACAGGCACAACCCCGACGCCUUCUCCCUGAGGAAGGCCCAGAAGCCGGACUGCACAGAGCGCCUGCAGCUGCCGAGGAGACUGGGCUGCAGGACCUUUCACUGGUUCCUCGCCAACAUCCACCCAGAGCUGUACCCGUCUGAGCAUGGGCCCAGGUCCUCUGGAAAGCUCCACAACACUGGACUCGGCUUCUGUGCGGACUGCCAGGCAGAAGGACCUGUCGUGGGCUGUGCCUUGACGCUGGCUCCUUGCACUGACAGCCGGCCGCAGCAGCACCUGGAACACGCCAGCAGAAAGGAGAUCCACUUUGGCAGUCCACAGCACCUUUGCUUUGACGUCCGGCAAGAGCAGGUGAUUCUUCAGAACUGCACCAACAAAAGCUCCGCCCUCCAUCGGCAGCUCUGGGACGUCCAAGAGGAUGGAAUGAUUGUCCACAUUCUCUCUGGGAGAUGCAUGGAAGCUGUCCUCCAGGAAAACAACAGGAAUCUGCGCCUGCGGCCGUGUGACGGAAAAGCCAGCCAGCUGUGGCGAUUUGACCUAGUCCGUGCCGUGGAUGAACGGUGACUCCCAGGAGGAGAGAGAACGUGGCCAUCACAGGUCAGCACCGAGGGGACUGAAAGAACCACCAUUUCAAAAAGUCGAUCCUUUUGCAUCUGUGUUCCCGGUGUUCCUUACAGCUUGUCUUCCUGCCUGCUGACCGUUUUUUUUUUUUUUUCUUCUUCUUCAAGAAAAUUAACAAAGAAUGAAUUCACUGCUUUCAUCAGUGGUAGGUAGAUGGCCAGAUAGUACAGAUUAUACACACACACACACACACACACACACACACACACACACACACACACACACAUGUAUGUGUAUAUAUAUAUAAUCUUUUGGCACUUGGUAAUUACUUUUACUUCAGACUAUGGAAAGAAGCCAGGAUAUAUUCCACUAACACUUUCAAGAGACACAAAUCCAACCAGACCAUUUAUUUUAAAUGUCCUUACCUUACUUAGCCAACCAUGAAAAUCAAAUUGAGAAGAGAGAAAAAAAAAAAGUUCUGACAUUCCAAAAGUUUGGAUCAGACUUAUCUUGUCAUACAAAUGGAAGGCACAAUUCAGAAGAAUGAAGAGAAACUUGGAAAAAGGGGUCGGGUUGGAGAGAAGAGGGCAGGAAGCACCGGCUAAGCUCUUCAGUUCACUCCUGUAGCUGACAGAUUGGCAGACCUGGUGUGAGAUAUUUUCAUGUUGACAAGAAUGUCCUCGGAACCUUCUACCUCCAUUUGCCUUGUUCUAGACCUUUUCUAGCUUGGUUAACCAUGAAAUGAUUCUUAUGUAAUAUAUAUACUUCUUGAGUCAUUAUUCUUGGGAGACUCAGCUCAGAUUGAGCAUAGCCGUGCUUAAGAAACUCUUAAUAUCCUGUUACAGAGUUUGCAUUGCUUGGGACACAAAGAGCAUCUAUGCCAGAGGCAAUCUUGCCAGAGGGGAAAUGCUGCCUUUGAACUGUAUGGGGUGGUGUAGGGGUGGGGAGGUAGCUUGGGGGUAGACCAUUUGGCUGCAGUCAUAAGAGAAGAACCAGAACAGAAGUGGGUGUUAAUGAGGGCUGCCAGGACCAUCUGAGUCCAACUGCCCAGAAACCCAAAUAUGCCCACAGGUUUAAUGUCCACAAUUGUGGCUGGAACACACCUCCACUAGAGCAGUGUCCUUACCAGCUAGAGUCAGAUUCUCAGGUGUGACUCAACCUACUUAGUGAUAAGCCCGAAGAGUUGGCGAGUGAGACUAACUUUUCCUCUAAAAGGAGUUUGAAACCUCCCUACAAGGAUGCUGAUCUCUUUGAGGUUGUGUUCAAAAUAGUGCGUUUCAAAAGAGAAAAGCUAGGUGGGAAGUGAACAUUUUCAAGUUACACCUAUCAUAAUUGUGCAUUCCUGCACAAGUGAUGACUUGAUGCAUUCCUUCUUACUUUGACGUCACUGGAGACCCCUGCUGUCCGACACAGCUGCUUGUGACUUGUGGGGACUACAUUGAAGAGAAGAAGCAAAGAGCGCCCACCUUGCCAACAGGUUCAUUGAACAACCCUGAGUAGAUUCAUCAUCUGUAAAGAGGACACAUUUCAACUAUCAUCUUCUUCCUUCAGACUUGUCUAGACUUAAAUUCCCCUAACAUCCUGAGGUGAGACAGAGUUAAAAAAAAUUCUCAGAUGGCAACUUUGGAAAGCUUAUUAAUGCUUUAAAAAAAUUAAAUAAGACCUCUAUGUUUUAAAUGAACUUUAUUAUUGGUAUGGUGGGUAUUUGAAGUUGCUGGAAUAAAUUAAUAUAAUUAAAUAAGAGGCUGGAUUCAACUGUAUAAGUUGUACUUGACAGUAAUUAACAAUAGGACCCAGAUGGCUUAUUGCCUAAUUGGUUGAAGAAAGCAAGAAUGUGGUGUCUCUUGCUUACUUAACCAUCCCCACGAUUUAUUAGUUUAUUACAGAAAUGAUUGUCAACUUAAUCCCUGACUGAUACUUGCAGACCCUUAAUUUAAACAAAACAGAUGUCUCCAUUUAGUUCUAAAAGAAAUCCAACCUUUGCCUUAGACUACAAGUGAAAGCUCUAAUUCUCUUCUCUAUGGGAUCAGCUAAUUUUUUCCACAGUGACCAAUUUAAAAGUAGAUACAAACUAUUGUAUUUACUGUCAACUAUAAAACAUUAAUCCCUCAAUAAAAAAUUAAAAAACAACAGAAAAAAAUAAAUAAAUAAAAAUAAAAG